GCACACCGGCGUCGUAAAAGCAGCAUGGAGGACCGAUGCUUCGACUCACCCACCCAGCCCAAGCGGCCGCGGGUUUUCUUCACGGAGGACCAGAAGGAUUCGCUGCGCCAGGCGUACGCCCAGGACCCCUACCCCAACCAGAGUACCAUCGAGAGCCUGGCCAAAAGCCUCAACGUGGGCGUGAAAACGGUCAUCAACUGGUUCCACAACCACCGCAUGCGGGCCAAGCAGCAGCACCAUACAGGCACGGGUUCGAACCCUGGUGGGGGCGGUGGUGGGACGGGGAGCAACGACCCCUCCAUCAAGUCGGAGCCGGACGAGAGCUCCAACCAGAGCGACAUGUCCAGCGUGUCGGGCGAGGUCAGCGCCAACUCUACUCCCGUCACCGGCAGCCAUUACUUCCACGGGGGUAUGGCUCCGGCCGACCUGAACCAGUGGAUGUUCCCGCAGUUUGAGGCGGUGCCCCUCAUCCAUAAAGUGCCUUCGUCCAUCACCGACGACGAUAACGGGGAGGAUAAUAAGGAGAACAACGUCGAGCUCGCGGACGACGACGAAAUGGACGAGCCAGACGGAAUGGAUACCAGUAGCUGUUCCGCUGCGGCCAGCAGCAGUAAUAACAAUAACAACAACAACAAUAAUACCAAAGAGAAAGAGGGGAUGGAGAGAAAUGAGGAAGGGGAGGAGGGAGAAGGUUCAAGAAGUGCCGCCACCGCUGGUGGUAGUCGUGACUACAAGGGGGACAACCACAGGGAUGGUUCGGCGGAGAAUCGGGGCAGUAACCCCCCACCAGCAGUGCCUGGCGUUGCGACGCCUGUCGUUGGCGGCAGUGUCAACAAACGAAAACGCUCCAACCCACAGAGGGUCUUUGAGGGAGCCCAGCUGGACCGAACGGCCAGCUCUGAGAAACUGCAGCUUCGCAACGAAGCCAUCGAGGAGAGCUUGGAAGGGGAGGAGGAGGAGGACGGCAAUUUUGAACGUCCUGCCGAGGGUGGUGGUGGUGGUCGUGCGUCUGCAGAUUCACUUAGUAUUUCCGCCUCGAGAGAUGCUACGCUCUGCGUAGAAAUAAACGGUAGCACUAGCGGAGGUAGUGGCGGUGGGGAUUAUCUCGGCCGGGGAUCCACUUCUUCUCCCGACAGGGAUACGCCCACAAACUCAUCCGCAGCGUCCUCGCGGAAUGGUCCAGAAGGUACCAAAGACCCUAACGCCACCACCCACCGCAUCAAAAAGAUUGAGAAGAUUCAGAAAGCGAUCAAGUCCGCUGUAGGACAUUGGGACGACGAGGAGGGAGAGAAAGAGUCCUCGUCGUCGUCGAUAGAAAAAAUACAGAAGCAUAUAAACACAAAUUCGACGGACGACGAUUGGGCGUUUUAGCGCCAGACUGUCGAUGGUGAUUGACACUGUCUAGUUUUGUCUGGCUUAGCUAGCCGCGUAAAGAGGAAGAAAAAUUAUCAUUACCCAAGACUGACGUUCUCUCGUAUUGCGAUGUUUUAUUAUUCUGUACAAAAACAACAACGAACUAUUUAGUUCAGUUGCUCUUUUGCUGUUUUGUUUUGUUUUGUAAUUUUGUUUCAAAACAAGGAAGGAUUGUACAAGUAUGUUUUGUAUAGGAAUUUUUUUCUCUUUGUUUCUUAGUAUUCCUCUGUUUCUGUACCCAUACAUUUUGCUGCAGGUGAGCAUUUGGCUUGUCAUAUUAUUUUACCCACAUUGUAUUACGUAUGUGGGGUGUUAAAAGCUUUAACAUGAAUGUGAAAAGCAUUCCUUAUAAGAAUCUAUCUAUAUAUAUAUAUUAUAUACGUAUAUAUAAUAGAAUGCUUUCACAGACACUGGACUUAUAUAAUUUUUGUGCACUCUUUCUCUCUUUCUCUUCUGACAGAGUGAGUUUUGUUCUUCCUUUGUUUUUCUUGUUGGAUUUAUCUCAGUAGCUGGAUCUGCAGGUGUUUGGGUUUUGUUUUUUUCUUUGUUUUACCCAAUGAAAGUUUCUAUAUCAAUAGUCUUUUACUUCUUUUGAGAGUGGACUCUUGGUUUAGUCUGACAGAAGCAAAGGGGUGAAUAGUUACUGUUGGCUACUGGUUUUUUCUGGACCUGGUCACGUUGGUACCAGAGGGCCAUUUCUUCACCAAGUGCUGGGCUCGACUGAGAGAGAAAAGUUGUGGUGGGAAUUUUGCAGGUGUUAAGUUUCACCCCUUUUCUGAUUCUUGCCCGUGUUUUGUCUUGGGCUGGCUGGUGUUCCAUCCGCGUUGAAUAUGAAUCUCCUCCCGUAUAGUGCUUUGUCGUCCAAAUCUUCAGUACUGAAACCACUGACGACAAAUUUGGAUUUAUAUGAAACAAAAAUUUUAUUUUCUCUCUUUACCAUUUUUGCAGAGGGCAACAAUUAUGUCUGCGAGCAUUCUCACGGUGGUUCAUAGUUCUCGGAAUGAAAGACUCAUUGUGUAAAAGGGAAA